GAAGCCGUCGUCCUUACCUCUAUACGACGUCUAUACGAUGAAUCUUCAAUAUUUGAAAUCCGUCUUCCAUCUUCCGUUUUUAGUGGAUAAUGAGCCGUCGUCCUUACCUCUAUACGACGUCUAUACGAUGAAUCUUCAAUAUUUGAAAUCCGUCUUCCAUCUUCCGUUUUUAGUGGAUAAUGAGCCGUCGUCCUUACCUCUAUACGAUGAAGGUCCGUGUAUCAUCUGAUCAUUCAAUUAUUUCAUUUAAUCUGGCAAACGAAAAACGGGCAAAACAGGUCGAUAUUUCGUUUUUCGGUGGUUCUGUAUGAACCAAAAAAUGAAAGCUGAUGUCUUUUUUCCAGUUUUCAGCUCGAAACCGAAAAACAAAUAAACCGAAAAACCAAAACGAAAUAAUACGGCUAAUUUACGUUUUUCUGUAUUUUUCCAGUUCUCACGGUGUUUACAGCUGCGCGCCGCGCUUUGCACAUGCGCACUGAAUAGCAGCUCAAUAAGCCUGUGAUCAUUUCUGGUGACUGGUAUGCCGAAAGACCCACAAUGGCAUCACUCGAGUCAUACAUGCCAGUAAUAUAUGAUAUGUUUGUGAAUGGAGUGACAUAUAGGGAGAUGUCUGAAAGGCUGCGAGAAAUGGGUGUCCAGCGGGGAAACUCUGAGAUCAGUAUCCGGAGACAACUUGCCAAACAUAAUUUGCGGAGAAAAGGACACUCUUCUGAUUCAGACCUUGAAAUUGCAGUCUCUCGAGCAAUACAUCAGACUGGAUCAACUUAUGGUCGUAAAAUGAUGACAGGCUUCCUGUCAUCAGUUGGAGUACGUGCAGGAGAAUGCCGAAUCGGACGUGUUCUGAGAGCAGCCCAUGCCCCAUACCACGAAGAACGGCGUAAAGGUACCCGUAACUUUAACCCAAACCCAUAUACUGCAGAAUACAUGGGACACAAGCUACACAUGGACCAAAACGAAAAAUUGGUCAUGUUUGGAGUGACUCAUGUAAUUGCUGUGGAUGGAUACAGCAAGAAAAUUGUUGCAAAUGCAAUUAUGCCUACCAAAAACAAUCUAGCCAUCUAUGAUGCUGUGUACAGACCUGCAGUAACACAUUAUGGAAUGUGGGAUCAACUUCGUGUGGAUCAUGGCAAAGAAUUUUACCUCAGUCUGUACAUGCAAGAGAGGCUGUCAGAAUAUAGACACAACCAGCAAAGAGCACCAUACCUCCAAACUCAGUCAACAAGGAAUCACACAGUGGAAAGGAUGUGGCCAGAAAUCAACAACCGGGUAAAUUACCCACUAAAAGAGGCCCUCAUACAACUACAAGAUCAGGAAGCAAUAGAUAUGGAGGACAGCCUGACAAGGUUCUGCACAUCCAAUCUGUCUGGCCAAAUGUGCCAGAUUGGAAUAAAUAGAUUUGUGCAUUCAUGUAAUGCUCAAAGAACCCCUAGGUAUGUUACGUUAUGCGAAUUGGAUUUGUUCAUAAUGAGAUGGAUCCAGAUGGAUUUGUUAAUAAUGCUUUCAGGCUAUUUUACAAACACAAACUACAUAGAUUCUAGAAGAGAUUUACUAUUAAACAUAAGAAAUUGUUUGUGUUGAUACAGGGAGAGGGAUACCAAAUCAGCUGGUUGGGACAGGAACACCGAGAAAAAUCACAGCAGAUCUUCUACCAGAUGCCACGGUAGCAGCUGACAUGUAUGACAGGGACAUGGGAUCAUCCCUCACCAGAAUAUCUUCUUUCGGAAGUGACCCCUUUCUGUCUGAGGCAGACAAAGUGAGAGUAGAGCAGCACUUUUCACAGUAUUACCCAGACCUUGCAGUUGUUUUUGACAAUGUUGCCAAUUACAACUAUGUCCCAUUCAAACAGGCUUUGAUCUACCUCAUUAAUGUAACAAAGAGAUUUUCCUAAUUUCAUAUGUCUUGGAUCAUGUGGAACCUUGCCAUAAAUCGAGGAAUAGCCUCAGCCAUGAGGAAAAUGUUAGCACUUAUUUUCUGUUUAGUAUACAUACUGUAAAUAUGGACUCCAACAUUAUGCAGUCACUACUAUGUACUCUGUAACAGGGUGCAGAAUUAA